CCUGAGGAACCGGAAAGGGAGAGCGCGGGUUGAAGGUCACCCUGAAGAGUUUCAGGGUCAACUUCUAAAGACUGGUGCUGCCUAAGGAAGACGCCUUGAAGUGGAGGAAGAGGGACGACAAGGAGUCAGGAAUGGCUCUUUCUCAGAGACAGUUGACAUGGAAUGAUGUGGUCAUCGAAUUCACUCAGGAGGAGUGGGAAUGUCUGGACCCUGCUCAGAGGGCCUUGUACAGGGACGUGAUGUUGGAGACCUACUGGAACCUGAUCUCUGUGGAUCUCUCUCAUAUACAUGUGAUAAAGAAAUUACAACGAAAAUCAAAUACGGAUACAGGAACAGUAUUCCAAAGACUGGUAUUGGGAACACAUGGAAGCUGUGAAAUCAAACAUCUUUACCUGCAGGAAGUACAGAAUAUGUAUGACUUUGGGUGUCAGUGCAGAGAGGAUGAAAGAAGUUACAAGAACAUCCCUACAUCCCAUCAUGAGGGUGUCACUGAAAUAAGAAGUCAAUAUGGUGAAAGGGAUGCAGGGAAGAAGCCUACUGGAAAUAGGCUUGCAGUAAGUCUUCAGGAUAAACUGCCUAAGUUUAAAGGUGAACAGAAAAUUGAUGAAUUUAAUCAAGCUGAGACGAGUAUCAGCAGUAGUUCCUCAUCUUCACCACUUAAGGGAGUUUCUCCUGUUCAAACCAAAAUCUCUAAUAUAUAUGGGAGUGAUUGUAUGCAUCGUUUAAUAGUGACAAAAGACCAGAAAGCCCAUAGGGGAAGACAGUACAAAUGUAAUGAGUGUGGGAAAAUGUUUCAUCACAGCUCAUAUCUCAACAGAGAUCAGAUAACUGAUUCAGAAGAGAAAUUAUGUGAACGUGGUUUAUGUGGGAGGGUCUUCAGCGGUAAGUCAGCCCUUGUAAUUCAUCAAAGAAUUCAUCCUGGAGAGAAAUCUUGUGAAUGUAGAGAUUGUUAUAAAGUUUUUAGGCAAAAGACAUACCUUAGAAUUCAUCACCGAAUUCAUAGUGGAGAAAAACCUUACACAUGUAAUAAGUGUGGGAAAACCUUUCAUAGCAGCUUAUACCUCAAAAGCCAUGAGACAAUUCAUACGGAGGAGAAAUCAUAUGAGUGUGAUUUAUGUGGGAAUGUCUUCGAUCAAAAGGUAGCCCUUGCAAAUCAUCAAAGAAUUCAUGCUGGAGAGAGGCCUUAUGAAUGUAACGAGUGUGGCAAGGUCUUUGGGAGAAAACGAAACCUUACAAUUCAUCAGCGAAUUCACAGUGGAGAGAAACCUUACAAAUGUAAUGAGUGCGGCAGUGUCUUUAGAUGCAAAUCAAACCUUAGAAGGCAUCAGCAAAUUCAUAGUGGAGAGAAACCUUACAAAUGUAACCAGUGUGGCAAGGUUUUUAGGCUAAAAGGAAACCUUAGAAUUCAUCAGAGAAUUCAUACUGGAGAGAAACCUUAUAAAUGUAGUGAGUGUGGCAAAGACUUUUGUCAGAGAUCAAAUCUUAGACUUCAUCACAGACUUCAUAAUAGAGAGAAAGCGUACAAGUGUAAUGAAUGUGGCAAAGUCUUUGCUGAGAAAGCACGUCUUACAGCUCAUCAGCAAAUUCAUACUGGAGAGAAACCUUAUAAAUGUAAUGAGUGUGGCAAUAUCUUUAGUCGAAAACCAAACCUUACAAUUCAUCAGCGAGUUCAUAGUGGAGACAAACCAUAUGAGUGUGAUUUAUGUGGGAAUGUCUUCGAUCAAAAGGUAGCCCUUGCAAAUCAUCAGAUAAUUCAUGCUGGAGAGAAGCCUUAUAAAUGUAACGAGUGUGGCAAGGUCUUUGGGAGAAAACGAAACCUUAGAAGGCAUCAGCGAAUUCACAGUGGAGAGAAACCUUACAAAUGUAAUGAGUGCGGCAAUGUCUUUAGAUACAAAUCAAACCUUAAAAGUCAUCAGCAAAUUCAUAGUGGAGAGAAACCUUACAAAUGUAACCAGUGUGGCAAGGUCUUUAGGCUAAAAGGAUACCUUACAGUUCAUCAGAGAAUUCAUACUGGAGAGAAACCUUAUAAAUGUAAUGAGUGUGGCAAGGCCUUUCAUGACAGAAGCCAUCUUACAGUUCAUCAGAGAAUUCAUACUGGAGAGAAACCUUACAAAUGUAAUGAGUGUAGCAAGGGCUUUAGUCGAAAAUCAAGGCUUAAAAUUCAUCAGCGGAUUCAUAGUGGAGAGAAAGCUUACAGAUGUAUUGAGUGUGUCAAGGCCUUUAAUGAGAAAGGAUGUCUUGCAGGUCAUCAGAGAAUUCAUUCUGGAUAGAAACCUUAAAAAUGUAAUGAGUGUGGCAAGGUCUUUUGUAGGAAGGCAGCCCUUACAAGCCAUCUGGGAGUUCACUCUGGACAGAGAGCUUACAAAUGUAAGGCGUGUUGGAAAGUCUUUAGACAUAAACAACACCUUCAGAUUUAUCAGAGAACACAUAAUGGAUAGAAACCUUCAAAUGUUGUGUGUGUGGCAAGGUCCUCAAUUAUCAUUCACACCUUACAAGUCACUGAAGAAUACAUUUUGUGAAGAAGACUUUCAGAUGCAUUGAGUGUGGUAAAGCCUUUACUCAGGUCUCAGCCCUCACUGAAUGCUUUGUGCAUUCAGCCUCAAUUACUAGCAGAUAUUUCAUAAUUAAAAGAAAUCUUCCAAGUAUAGUGACUGUCUAAAUAUGUCUCAACCGCAGCUCUAGCCUUAUGACCUACUCAGUUAUUCAUACCGGAGGGAAACUAGUGUUAUGAAUUGGAAAAACCUUUAUUCAGAGCUAACAUGCCACUAGUCUUUAGACCGUCCAUAAUGAAGAGAACAGUGCGUAGGUACUCCAUCUUCCACCUUUUUAAAAUUUUAAACACUCCUUAACAUGUGCUCCCCAUUCUUGAAUAUGCAGUAUAUGAAUAUUUCUUUGUGUCCAUUUUCUUGUAUCUGAAUAAAUCUCAUGACAUGCACCUUGAUUUCCAUGGUGGUAAAAUAUGUAUAUCUUAGGUUUAAGCAUAUACAAAAUAUUACCAAAAUUUAAAAUCAUGUAAUGUCUCUUUUGUCCUUUUUUUGCUGUCCCAAAAUUUUUUUUAUUGUAUUUUAUUUUUCAGGGCAGUGUUAUGUAUUUCUUUAUUUUUUAAUAUUUAUUGGCUGCAUUGGGUCUUUGUUGCUUUACUCAGGCUUUCUCCAGGUGUGGUGAGUGGAGGCUACUCUUCAUUGCAGUACAUGGGCUUCUCACUGUGGUGGCUUGUCUUGCACAGCAUAUGCUCUAGGCAUAUGGGCUCAAUAGAUGUGGCUCACAGGCUCUAGAGUGCAGGGUCAGUAGUUGUGGCAUGCGGGCUUUGUUGCUACUCAGCAUAUGGGAUCUUCCUGGAGCAGGACUAGAAGCCGUGUCCCCUGCAUUGGCAGGAGGAUUCUUAACCACUUUGCCACCUAGAAAUUCCCAAUUUCGAUAAUUUUAAAGGAUCGAAGUUCACGAGUUAUCUCUUUAAAGUGAAUACUAUACAAUGGGAACAUUUUGACUGAUAGAUAAAUUUGAAGUUUCAUAUAUUCUACUUUAAAACAUUUGUUUUUUUAAAGUUUUUCCUAGUUUGUACUCGUGACCAAUCAGUGGAGUAGAAGGAAACCCCACCCAGAGUUUGGUUAGUGAGGCUGAUAUUAACAUGUCUUGGGUAAUUCAGCUCAGUUAUUGUUUACUAAUUUAGAUUCACUACAUCCCAAAUAGGUUCUCCCUGCAGGUUUACAUGAAGACCUACCAUCAGCUUGGUCUGCAUAGGAUGAGUUUUAACAUAAUACCCCGUUCAUCCUGUAUUUGUAUUGUCUACAUGCCCAAUGCAAUUGGCAGUUGAGCUGUAGUUCUCUUUCCCAGAUCACAGAAAAGACCCUUCAUCACUUCAAUAAAGUGUAGUUUCUGAGUCACGAGUUUUUUUUCUGCUAAGGGGAUGAACUUUACAUGCUUGAGUCCUCUAGUCUCAGACCCUAAUCUUGUCCCUGAGUCUCAGGAACUGAUCAGAGUAUUGAGUUUGGCCUGCUGCUUCAAUCUGAAUAGAAAAGAAAAGUGGAUCUGUAGGAUGAGAGUACAAAAUAGCUCUCAUUCCCACGAGUAAGCUAUAUAUUUGUUGUAGUAGUUUCUAAUGCAGAGACAAAAACAGCUCUUAUUUCCCUAAAAGAGAUUAUUUAUUUAUGACUAUGUUAGGCCUUCAUUGCUGCAUGCAGGCUUUUUCUAGUUGGAGGGAGUGGAGGCUACUGUAUGUAAUGGUGGGGGUGUCUUCUCAUUGCCCAGGCUUCUCUUGUUGUAGAGCACGGGCUCUAGGCCUACUGGCUUUAGUAGUUGUGGCAUGUGGGCUCUACAGCACAGUCUCAGUAGUUGAGGCACAUGGGCUUAGUUGCCCUGUGGCAUGUGAGAUCUUCCUGGACUAGGGGUUGAACCAGUGUCCCCUGCAUUGGCAGGAGGAUUCUUAACCACUAUGCCACCAGGGAAGUCCCAGGUGCAGAUCUAAAUUUGAUAAAGCAUUCUUCAUUGAGCUACAUCAGGAGAUCACCUGAGCCCAGGUUAAAGGAAUGCAAGCCCUGCAGACACUCUGGUCCUUAUCAACAACCCUGCCCUUGAACCCAUGCUUUAACACUUUUCGCUAUAUUUCCCCCUUCUGAUUGGGACAGAGUUUUGGAGGGCAUGAGCCCGCUGUGUCCCCCUCUACGUGGCAAAGCAAUACAGCUAUUCUUUUCUCCUUUACCCAAAGCUCUGUCUCUGAGAUUGGAUUUGGCAGCAAUGCACAGAGGCUGUGUUUUCGGUGUCACAUCCAGAUAAAAAGUGGCAGUCGGUGCACAGAAUGGAAAGUGUUUAUGGAUACAAACUAGGCAGAAUAAGAAUUUUAUUGUGAAAAGAAAAAAAAAAUUUCAACAAGGUUACAUUUUUCUUGGGGAAGUAUGGCAAAGAUCGUAUCCUGUAGUUUACCUCAGUGGUAUCGUUCUUGAAAUUCCAUAGUAGUUGGAUUAAGGUCACUUUCCUGGGAGGGAUGUAACUGCAAUAAAGUGUUGGUUUGCUCUCCUUGGCACAAAUGACUUCACUUUGGGACGUUUCUAUUUUUUUCACAAGUCCCUACAAUGUGUUCCCAAUUCAUGAAUAUGCAGUAUAUGUUGUGUCCCUUGAUGUACAUGACAGGAAAAUAGGAAUAUAGUAAGCACAUAGAAAAUGGAAAAAUACACGUCUUGUGCUUGAAUUGCUCAGUGAAAUAAUUUGAAAAUAUCAAUGUUCAUGAACUUUCUCUUAAAAAUGAACAACAUACAAGAGGAAUUUUUCUUUGAGAGAUAAAGUAGAAGUUUCAUACACUCACUCCCCAAACAUUGUUUAUUUUUGGGAAUGUGCAUUUGUAACCAUUAAGAGGAAUAGGGUGCAAUGGCACCCAAAGUUUUGUUUCCUCAUUGAGACUGAUACUAACAUUAAAGUGUUAUGACAGUGUUUCAUAAUUCAGCUGUCUAGGGGCACAGGGGAGACUUCCAAGGUGUUUAAAUGUGGUUUGAGAGAACAGGGAAUAGAGACUGGCUUGGAGUGUUAAGGUAAUUACCAGGUGAGGCUUGGUGGAGGAUCCACUUUUGGUUUGAACUUUCAGUUUGUAUCACAUGACAGAGCCAUCAGGCUUCUUUAUCAGCUUGCCUGGAUGGGUUGCAUAAGGAGAGGUUGUGGCAUGUUCGCUGUCAGUAGUGAAACAUCAAAAAAUGGAGUCAGAUUGUUGCAGGAAGGGGGACCCCUUCCAUUGCUCACGAGUGGGCUCUUGUCUGACCUCAGAAGAGAGACUGGAGACACACAUGCUGACAUAGGACUUUAUGGGGAGGGGCGCCUGGACAGUGAGCAGGAGGGAAAGGGAACCCAGGAGACCUGCUGUGCCAUGUGGCUUGCACUCUUGGGUUUCAUGGCCAUGAUGGGAUUAGUUUCCUGGUUGUCUCUGGCCAAUCACUCUGACUUAGGGUUUUUCCUGCUGGCAAGUGCAUCACUCAGCCAAGAUGGAUUCCAGUGAGGAAGAUUCGGGGGCGGGGGGGGGGGGGUGUCGGUAGGACAUGUGGACUGGUGUCUCGUUUCUCCUUUUGACCUUUCCUGAAUUCUUCCGGUUGGUGGUGGCUUUUAGUUUUGUGUUCCUUCCCAGGAUCUCCUGUGGUAAAAUAACUCAUGCAAGUUGUGACUGUCUUAGCCUGGCCAGGGCAGGUGGUUUCAGUCAGUGUUUCCCCUAACAAGACUGUUUAAAUAAAUGCUGAAUAUUUACUCUUGAAACACUUGAUUUCUUGGUUAGGGCACAUUCUACGUUUCUUCAUGCUAGUAAUUUAUGAUUUUUUUUCUCCUGCACACAUAUUGUUCAAUUGGGUUCUGUAAAUGCUUGUAAAAUACUAUUUAAAUAAAU